AUGAGUGGUGUUAGUGAUAAUAAAUUAACGAAUUUUCAAAAAAAGAGAUUGGAAAAUAUAAAGAGAAAUAAUGAGCUUUUACAAAAAUUGAACUUAUCAAAAUUAUCAAAUUCAAUCAAACCAAAAGAGGUUAAAGUUCAUGAAAGAAAGAGUAAUGGUCCGAAGGCUAAGAGUACUAAGAGGAGAAAACUUGAAGAGUUAAAACCUGAACGAUUACCAACAAGAAGGUCACGUAGAUUACAAGGUCAAACUGCUGAACCUUCACCAGAGCUACCAACUUCUUUAGAUAAUGUUAGUGUUAAACCUGAAGUAGAAGAUGUUAAGAUUUUUGGUGACCUUAAACUUUCUGAUUUAGUUAAGGAUGAAGAACAAAUGAGUAAAAUGUCAAAUUUGAAAGUCUCUAGUGGUGAUUUCUUUAAUGAAUUACGUAAUUUCCAGACACAGACAUCUGAUGUCAAAGAAGAAGUUAAAAUAUUUGAUAGGAUGGAAAUGUGGCAAGAUAAAGUUAUUUAUGAAAGAAUCUCAAGUCUUUUCAUUCAUCCUUCAAAAGAAAAAUUUGUUAUGAUUGCAGGUGAUAUCUCAGGAAAUGUUGGUCUUUGGAACAAAGAUAUUACUAGAGAAUUGGAACCUGAGGAAGAUGAAGAAAUAUUCCGUUUUCAAUUAUUCAGUAAAAACGUUAGUAGAAUUGAUUGUUUCCCAACUAAAAUGGAAAAAUUAAUUCUUGCCUCUUAUGAUGGAUUUAUUAGAUCACUUGAUUUAAAUAAUCAAAAGAGUGAUGAAUUAUUACAAAUUAAAGAUCCAUAUGAUGAUUUAUUAGGGGUCAGUGAUUGUCAAUUUAGUUAUACUGAUCCAAAUGUAUUAUAUUUAACCACAUUAUCUGGAGAAUUUGCUUUAUGUGAUAUGAGAGAGGAUUUGAAAAAUAAACCAUUAAAACUUAGAAGAUUAGCUGAUAAAAAAAUUGGUUCAAUGGCUAUCAAUCCAAAGAAUACCAAUCAAAUCGCUACUGGUUCAUUAGACAGAACUAUGAAAUUAUGGGACAUAAGAAAAUUAGUUGAUAAACCUGAUUGGUCUCAAUAUGAGGAUUAUCCAAGUCAUAAUAUUAUUUCCACAUAUGAUUCUAGAUUAAGUGUUUCUGGUGUUUCAUAUUCUCCAACUGAUGAAACUUUAGUGUGUAAUGGUUACGAUGACACAAUUAGAUUAUUUAAUGUUAAAGAAAAUUCCUUAACUGAAGAUUUACAACCGAAGUUAACAAUGAAACAUAAUUGUCAAACAGGUAGAUGGACAAGUAUUUUAAAAGCAAGAUUUAAAGCAAAUAAGAACAUUUUUGCCAUUGCAAAUAUGAGUAGAGCCGUAGAUAUAUAUACAAGUGAAGGUCAACAAUUAGCUCAUAUGGCUACGCCUACUGUUCCGGCUGUAAUUAGUUGGCAUCCAACUUGUGAUACCAUUGUCGGAGGUAACUCCAGUGGUAAGGUCUUUCUCUUCUCCGAACCUGCCAUCAAGAAGGAGGAAGAACAAGUGUAA